CUCAUUUUCUCUUCCUUAGGAAAAAAACAAAAUUCCCCACUCACUCACAGCCACAACCCAACGAACAACGAAACAAAUCCACUCUCAGUCUUUCAGUUUCGCACUUCUUCGCGUUUUUCUUCCUCGUUACUCUCACCGUCACUGGAACCCUAAUUCGAUCCGUAGGAACUCGAAUCUACUGGGAAUAAAUGACUGUACGAUUGAGGAAUAGGUGAGAUCAAACGGGUUGGAUUUCCUCGCCGGAUGGAGGGAGGUAGCGUCUCUAGACUUACUUAUUCUGGGAUUCACCCAUGGAUUAUGAUGACAAUGAUUUUCAAAACCAGAAUCUCCAUUUAGUUGGUGAAGGGAACACCAAAUUUCCUCCAGUCUUAAGGCCAUAUGCUCUCCCCAAGUUUGAUUUUGAUGAAAGCCUUCAAGCGAAUUUAAGAUUUGAUAGUUUAGUAGAAACGGAAGUUUUCCUUGGCAUUGAAAGUAACGAAGAUAACCAGUGGAUUGACGCAUUCUCCCGAGGGGGUAGUGGCAUAGAGUUCAGUUCAACUGCAGCUGAGUCUUGCUCUAUAUCAAGGCAUGUCAAUGUUUGGUCUGAGGCCACUUCCUCGGAAUCUGUUGAAAUGCUUUUAAAAUCUGUUGGACAGGAGGACUAUAUUCCUAGACAAACAGUUAUUCAGGAAUCAGAUGCCUGUGAUGAACUGGCCUGCUUAGCUAAGCAAAUGGAUACCAAUCCAAAACUUGAUGAUAAAAAUGAAUUUAAAGAUACUGUUACAGAUUCCCGUCCACCUGGUGGUACCCGUGCAAGUUUUUCUGGAUUGAAAGAGGAUGUAGGAAUGGAGAAGUCUCAGGAUGGAGUGUUCCAAGGUCAUGAAGAUGAAUUAUCCAUUGAUGGAAGUUCAAGUAAUCCUGAACUAAGUGAUGUCUACAGAAAUAUAGACUUGCCUGUGUCUGACAGGAGUCUGACUCUAUAUACUGAUGACAAAAAUAACAAUACAAACCAAAGAGAAGUUGAGACUGUUGCUGAUGACUCACAUCAUGGCAAAACACGAGAUGAUUCAUCUGCAGUGCAAACCAAUAAUGCUGAAUCAGCUAUGCAAAAUAUGGGUGAUGAGAAGCAAGGUCCUUUACAAGUGCACACUAAUAAUCAAGAUUUGGAAUCUCCUGUGAUGAAUAAAGAAGCUGCCGUAAACACACAGACUCUGGAUGGAGAUGCAGUUGGAGGUGAUGCACAUCAUCUGGAUAAAUCCCUUUGUUCAAUCCCCAGAGCAGAAACUUUGGAAGGUAGGGGUGUAGUUGAAGGUCUUGAGACCGGGUUAAGUAAUUUAGAGGGUGCCUUGAGGAUGGAAUCAACAGAUGUUUCUGACAUGCAGAAAGCUGAAAAAAACAGUGAAGAUAUUUGUUUCAGUGUUCUGUCUCGGAACAGUGCUAGUGAAUAUGUAACGUUGAUUAAAGAUGUGGUAAUGGACGAUCAGGCUGACCCAAAUACACAUGAAUUGCCAAAAAAAUCAAUUAGAGAUGAUUCUAUCUCUGAGGGGCAAGUGGUUGAGGUUAGUAAUUCUAAUUGUGAGAUUUGUCCUAAUCUGCAGCAGAAUGUGGAUGCCAUGGAGAAAACAGCUUACAGUGGGAGCAGUGUUACUGUUACUAAGGAAGAUGAGCUAUUGAACACUGGUGAUCAUGUGGACACAGUGAUUCUGUCAAGCAAAUCUGAGGCAUCUAUGUUUACUGCAGAGGAAAAUAACAUUUCCACUAUUAGCCAACAAAAUAGUGACAAUAAUAUAGGAGUUUUGUCAAGUAGCACUGUGACGGCUUUUUCAGCAAAAUCUUCCAUUUUGGAAGAGUCUACUCAAAUAUGUAUAAACAAUGAACCUGACAGGCAGAAUGACAAUGGAAAAUGUGAUCAAGUUGUCUCUGUCAAUGAACAGGAUGAGCUAUUGAACUCUGGUGAUCAUGUGGAUACAGUGAUUUUGUCUAGAAAAUCAGAGGCAUCUAUGUUUACUGCCAAGGAAAAUAACAUUUCCACUACUAGUGAAGGAAAUAGUGACAAUAGGGUAGGAGGUUUUUCAACAAAAUCUCCCAUUUUGGGUGAGUUUACACAAAUAUGUGUAAACAAUGAAUCUGACAGAGAGAAUGACCAUGAAAAAUGCAGUCAAGUUGUCUCUGUCAAUGAUCAAGAGAGUAAAAGGAUUCCCUCUGAUUCUAGCCAGAUGCACUGUGAUGUUGAUCAAUCCCAUCUUGUUGAUAAGGCAGUUGUUUCAUCAUCUCUUAGUGAAGGUAGUAUGGAAACUGAAUUAACAACUUCCACAGUAUCAAUCCAUGUCAUACCUGCCAAUAAUUUAGUUCCACAAGUUGUUUCAGAAAAUAUUAGUUUGAUAUCACAUGAAAUAAUAGACAUUUCACCUUCUAGCAAAGUUGUUUCCACCCAUGAAGUUACAAGUCACAAUGAUUUUCAAGGGAUAACUCCUGUUGGAUCUUCUUCUGCCAAGGAAAAGGAAGCUUCUACAGUAAAAGAAGCUGAGGAAGCAGGCACAUCUACACUUGGAUCUUCUGAACAGGAAAUUGCUCCUUGUCAUGUCACAGCAACUGAAAAACAUUAUUCUUCUAAUACUUCUAGUGGUGCUGUAAAGAUUGGUGAACCUCAAGGAACAACAAAUGAAGUUAUUCAGGAAUGUGCAAAAGAGACUAGUAUGCCUCAAGUUCCAUGUGCAUUAUCAGAGGAACAGAGUGAUGGUGUGACAGUUUCUGUAAUUAAGGAUGACAAGGAGACCGUGCAGGAGAAUCCUGACAAGUCUUUGUCAGAAAAAUCAGGUGACAUUUUACUUGGAAACCAAGUUUCUGUAUCUUCUGCUUCUGUACCGGACUCUUGCAUUGAGUUGCGUGAGACUGGAGUUGGAAGCUUUCCUGCUAACAGUGCUUGUAAUCCCUCUAGUACAUUUGGAAGCCCUUCCCAAACUGCGAAGGACAAAACACAAGUUACUCAGAACAAGCCAGUUUCUGAGUUCAUUAAUGGUGGUGCAGAAAAUGUAUUCUCUACUGCUCAAGAUAUAAAGGACAGUAAUGCAUCUAAAGAAGAAAGAAGGUCAACUCCUGAAGUAAAUUCAGUGAUUGAUUUAACCAAAAAGGAUGCUAUAGAUGAGAAUACCGAAGAUGUUGGCAAGAUGAAAUCAAUUCCUGUUACUGAAACCCUCAAACCAGCUGUGGAAGGAUCUCCUUCAACUUCUGGACCAGGUCCUUCAAAAACCAAAACUGUAGGAAAUAUCUCCCGUGGAAAGCCACAAAUAUCAGAUGUGGAGGUAUCACAAAGUGCUUCUAAAGCUACGCCUGAGCGCAAAACUAGGCGAACAUCUAAUAAGUCAGCUGGAAAGGAAUCUUCUAGAAGAGGAAGUCAUGCAAAAGACACUACUCUGGCUAGACAAUCUAAUAGAGGUGAUAAAUCAGCCAAAGUUUCGCUGAGCCCAUCUCCUGGUUUCCAGAUGAUGCAGUCAAAUGAGGUGCAGCAGUAUGGGAACAUUGACUCAAAUAGUACAAAGUCAUUUACUUUUGUAAAUACUUCAACAUCUAGCCUUCCAGAUUUGAACACUUCUGCUUCUCCACCUGUUUUGUUUCAUCAGCCUUUCACAGAUCUGCAGCAAGUACAAUUGCGUGCACAGAUAUUUGUCUAUGGAGCUUUGAUUCAAGGCACAGUACCGGAUGAGGCAUAUAUGAUAUCAGCUUUUGGAGGAUCAGAUGGUGGAAGGAGCAUUUGGGAGAAUGCUUGGCGGGCCUGCAUGGAAAGGCAACAUGGUCAAAAAUCUCAUCCUGCUAACCCAGAAACACCUCUGCAAUCACGAUCUGUUGCUAGAACCUCUGAUUUGCCACUUAAGCAAAGUACUGUUCAAGGGAAAGGUAUCUCUUCUCCUCUUGGUCGAACCAGCAGCAAGGCUACUCCAAAUGUUAAUCCAUUAAUACCUCUUUCAUCCCCACUUUGGAGCCUAUCAACUCUAGGUCUAGGUAGUGAUUCCCUGCAACCUAGUGCCCUUGCAAGAGGCUCUGUUGUGGAUUAUCCACAGGCAAUUACUCCAUUGCAUCCUUAUCAAACUACUCCUGGGAGGAACUUUCUUGGACAUAACACUCCUUGGAUAUCUCAAAUUCGAGGACCAUGGAUUGCUUCUCCAACUCCUGCACCUGACAAUAGCAACCAUAUAUCUGCAUCACCUGCCUCAGAUGCAAUUAAGUUAAGUUCAAUCAAAGGAUCUCUGCCUCCUUCCUCUGGUGUAAAGAAUGUCACUUCCGGUCUCCCUACUUCCAGUGCAGGUUUGCAAAGUAUCUUUGGGGGAACUGCCUCUCUGCUUGAUGCAAACAAUGUGACAGUACCUUCUCAAAAUUCUUCAGAUCCAAAGCCCAAAAAAAGAAAAAAGGUUGUGGUAUCUGAGGAUCUUGGCCAGAGGGCUUUGCAAUCACUGUCUCCUGUGCCUACUUCUGUUGCCGUUGUGGCCCCUGUUGGGAAUGUGGCAAUAACUACUGUUGAAAAAUCAGUUAUGUCUGUAUCUCCUCUCGUUGAUCAAUCCAAAACUGACCGGAAUGUUGAGAAGAGGAUUAUGUCAGACGAGUCUCUUAUGAAAGUUAAGGAGGCUAGGGUACAUGCAGAGGAAGCGUCUGCUCUCUCUGCUGCUGCGGUGAAUCAUAGCCUAGAGUUAUGGAAUCAGUUGGAUAAGCAUAAAAAUUCUGGAUUGAUGCCAGAUAUUGAGGCUAAAUUAGCUUCUGCAGCAGUUGCAGCUGCAGCAGCUGCAGCCAUUGCAAAAGCAGCAGCUGCAGCUGCCAAUGUUGCAUCAAAUGCUGCUCUUCAAGCAAAACUAAUGGCCGAUGAGGCAUUACUGUCAUCUGGUUAUGAUAAUUCCAGCCAAAGUAAUCAAAUUUCUCUUCCUGAGGGUACCAAUAACUUGGGAAAAGCUACCCCUGCUUCCAUCUUGAAAGGUGCUAAUGGAACCAAUAGUCCUGGCUCUAUCAUUGUUGCUGCCAAGGAAGUUGUUAAAAGGAGAGUGGAAGCUGCUUCAGCUGCCACCAAAAGAGCUGAAAAUAUGGAUGCUAUUGUUAGGGCUGCUGAGCUGGCUGCAGAGGCUGUAUCUCAAGCAGGAAAGAUUGUAACCAUGGGUGAUCCUCUGCCAUUAAGUCAUUUGGUAGAAGCUGGCCCAGAGGGAUGUUUGAAAGCAACCCGGGAGUCUUCUCAGCAAAUUGGAUUAUUCAAAGACAUUACCAGAGAUGCGGUGAACAUUGACAGUGUGAGAGAUAUUCCUGAAACUUCUUAUACACAUAACAGAGACAUUUUGCCUGGUGGCAUUCCUUCUUAUACACAAAACAGAGACAUUUUGCCUGGUGGCUUUCCUGCUUCUAUUAAGAUCAAUGAAAAGAAUUCAAGAGGAUCAAAGGGACGCAAAGUUUCUGCUGUAGUUAAGCCUGUUGAUGUGGUUCCUGAAUCUGAGACUGAAAUUCAGGCUCCUUUCGUUGUUAGUAAUGGAUCUGAAAAUCUGGAGAAAAGUAACAUCAAAGAGGGCUUACUCGUAGAGGUUUUUAAAGACGAGGAAGGGUUUAAAGCUGCGUGGUUCACUGCCAAUAUUUUGAGUGUGAAGGAUGAUAAAGCUUAUGUAUGUUACACUUCACUUGUAGCUGCUGAAGGGCCCUUGAAGGAAUGGGUUUCACUUGAAUGUGAAGGAGACAAACACCCCAGAAUACGUACUGCUCGGCCUAUGACUACUAUACAAAAUGAAGGAAAAAGAAAGAGACCUAGAGCUGCUAUGGGAGAUUUUGCAUGGUCUGUUGGGGAUAAAGUUGAUGCAUGGAUACAAGAAAGCUGGCGGGAAGGAGUAGUCACAGAGAAGAAUAAGGAAGAUGAAACUACAUUUACCAUCCACUUUCCUGGUAGUGGAGAAACGUUGGUUGUUAGAGCUUGGCAUCUCCGUCCGUCCCUUAUAUGGAAGGAUGGGAAAUGGAUUGAAUCUUCUAAAGUGGGGGCAAAUAAAAGUUCUACCCAUGAGGGUGAUACACCACACGAAAAGCGACCUAAACGCGGUAGUCAUGCGGUAGAGGUAAAAGGGAAAGACAGGAUGUCAAAAAGUAUUGAUGCUGUGGAGUCAUCAGCAAAAUCUGAUGAGAUGAAAUCACUUAAUUUGACUGAAAACGAUAAAGUGUUUAACAUUGGUAAGAGCAGCAAGAAUGAAAAUAAACUGGGAGCACACAGAAUGGUGAGGACGGGUCUCAAAAAACAAGGAUCAAAAGUAAUUUUUGGCGUUCCUAAACCUGGGAAGAAAAGGAAAUUUAUGGAAGUUAAUGAAAGCAGUAAGAUAGAUAGAAAUGAUUCAGUUAAACUCGCAAAUUUCUUGAUGCCUCAAAGUUCAGGACCCAGAGGAUGGAAAAAUAGUUCUAAAAAUGAUGCCAAGGAGAAACAUGGAGCUAGCUCCAAGCCUAAGACUAGUAAGUCUGGAAAAAUAGUAUGUGUUUUGAGUAGAGUAAUCCCACCAAAAGACAUUUCUUUAUUAAAUGCGUUUUCUCUUACCAAUGCGUUGACAGGUCAUACAGAAAGGAUUAAGGAUGCUUCCCAGAAUGAAAGUAAGGUGGAGAGAGCACCCCAGUCUGCAACUGAAGGAACAACAGAAGGGCCAAUCUUGUUUUCGUCGCUGGCAACUGCAGUGGAUGCUCAUCAUCCCACUAAACGGGCAACCACAACAAGAGCAAGUAAAGGAAAACUUGCGCCUGCCCGUGAUAAAUUGGGUAAAGGUGAGAUGGAAAAGGCUUCAAAUGAUAAUCCCAUGAAAUCAGCAUCUGAUGUCGUUGAGCCCCGGAGAUCCAAUCGCAGGAUCCAGCCAACGUCCAGACUAUUAGAAGGAUUGCAGAGCUCUUUGAUCAUUUCAAAGAUUCCUUCGGUUUCGCAUAAUCGUAAUACCAAGGGUUAAAAAUGGAAGGAGCUUCCAUUGCAGUGAUGCGGUACAGUUAAAAGACCGGCCUGUUAUUAGAUGAGAGGGACAUACCUAGCUAGCAUAGAUGUGUAUAUUUAUAAUAGAGGGAACCUAGGAAUGAAAAUUCUUGCUUCCUAUGUUGUAGGCAGACUGUAGCUCAGUAGACGGUCGGUCAUAUUGAUUUUAGUAUAUUUUUUUCUUUAAAAUGUGAUUUGAUCCCAGUCUUGUGCUAUAUGUGGAAAUUAUCCAUGUUAUCUACCUUGUUUGUUGAUCAAAUGAUAACGUCAUGCUCUACA